GCGCUAGCAAGUAGUUUGUGCGCGCUAGUAACGGGCGGGAAUCACGAUUGGUGUUUAUUUUGUAUUUUAACCUAGAUUGUUUUUAUCAAACCAACAUUUAAUUAUUAAUGAAAUGCAGUGGACCAAACUAUUAUGCAACUACCGAGAACUUCAACUAGUUGGAACACUGAACGGAGGUCAAAGUUUUAGGUGGACUUACAACAAAGAUACAGAUGAAUGGAUAGGCGUAUUCUCGAAAACAGCAUGGAAAUUACGUCAGAAAGAUGAUUAUUUAGAAUAUCAAGUGCUCGGUUCUCUAUUGCCAGAAUUUUCGGGAAACAACACACAAAUCAAGAAUGGAAAUGCGAAAACGUGUGAAGAAAGCAUUUUUAAGUCACUGCUUGAGAAAUAUUUCCGGUUAGACGUGAAUUUAGGGAGUUACUACAAAGAAUGGUCAGCUAAGGACGAACUUUUUAAGUCUGCGUGCCAACAGUUUUAUGGGAUAAGAAUGUUGAAUCAAGAGCCGGUCGAAAACCUGUUUUCUUUUAUUUGCAGUCAGAAUAACCAUAUAUCAAGAAUCUCCAGCAUGGUAGAAAAGCUGUGUACACAUUAUGGUGAGGAAAUCUGUCAUCAUGAAGGAAUCACCUACUAUGCAUUCCCUGAAGUAGAGAAAUUGUCAGAAGCCAAGGUUGAGUCCCAACUGCGUGAUCUGGGUUUUGGCUACCGAGCAAAAUUCAUACAGAAGUCUGCUUCUCAAAUAUUAGAGGCAGGAGGUUUACAGUGGUUCACAGCCUUGAAAGACAUGAAGUAUGAGGAAGUUAAGCAGGAAUUGAUGAAAUUACAUGGAAUUGGUCCUAAGGUAGCCGAUUGCAUAUGCCUCAUGUCACUCAAUCACCUGAAAGCCUUACCAGUGGACACACAUGUGUACCAAAUCGCAGCCCAGAAUUACCUCCCACAUCUAAGAGGAAAGAAAAAUGUUACAGAGAAAAUGUAUGCAGAGAUCGGUGAUCAUUUUCGUUUGUUAUAUGGAGAUUUAGCUGGAUGGGCACAUACAGUACUAUUUUGUGCAGACUUGAAGAAAUUUCAAAGCACAGACCACAAAAAGGAAGCAGACGAAGGGGUUAAAGCUAAAAAGAAGAGAAGACAAUGAAGUUGCUGUUAUAAUUACAUUUUUAAUAGAUACUAAAAAAAACUACAUCGUAAUUAAGCUAUCAUUGCGCAAAAGUGUUGCCCGCUUGCAAGCAGCUAGUGAUGCAGUCUUCAUAAAUAUUCUGUCGACAGAAUGGUGAUCACACUUUUGCCGUAAAUAGCCGAACUUGUUUCAUUUGAAUCAUUCUCAGCCCAUUAUUCGUCUAACUGCUGGGCACAGGUUCCUUUGAAUUGACAAUUUUUAUAAGUUCAUAAAUAUACAGGGUUAUUUUUAAAAUACUAGCAACCUCGCACCACUAUAUUACUAGCAUCAUAAACAACAACUUUUGCUCUGUAUUUUCUUUAAUACAAAAAUAAAUAGCGACACAUUGUGUGACAGCGUCAACCACUCAAAAACGAAGUGAAUAAAGCAGUGUGUUAGGAGCAAGCGGUCGUUUCACUCGUGUACUUAGGUAUCCCACUCUUAACUCGUUCCGUACGGCACACUUUAUUUAUUUAUAUUAUUUAUCUACACUUACAGCACUUACCUAUAACUAAACAUGUAAGUCAUAUGACUAUGAAAGAUUGAGUCGAUCCCCGGCCAAAAGUAACCUACAGAAUUUGGACCACAAAGCUUUGGGUGGUGACCGUCUCCAAAUCAAAUAGUAACCAGCGGAUGUUAGAAGUUUUGAUUCAGUGUUAUAGAACACGUCAAUAUCAUAUUUGUCCUACUUAGGGAUUCCAUCACGGGUAGUGCUUCAAAAAAUGGUGUCCGUCUUAAUGUCAUUGUGCGGGUUACAUUGACCUUCCAACGCGUGCUAAAUGAAAAUUAAACAGAGGGUAUUUGCACUGACGAAUGACGUAACGUGAUAUUGGCGGGAUAAAAAAGGUAUUUGAGCCAAUAUAGAAGGGUUAAUAUCCUCUUAUUAAGAUAUAUAGUAGUUUAUGUGACUGUUACAUAAUGAAAUGCAUUAAAAUACGAGUGUGGGUUUAUCCUGUCGGCUCGUUUCAUAAAAACAUCUCAC